GUUAAAAUGCCGGGAAAAAGAGUUAGACGAAAGUUAAUCAAAAAGAAGCAGCGACAGCGACGCCGCCAAAAGGCAGCCAAAGAACGCGAUAAACAAGAGCUAGAGGCAGAGAACCUAAGACUCACAGAUCCCGAUUACCAGGAAUGCCUGAUGCGCCAGGAGAAACUAGAGGAAUUCCAGCGCCAGGCCGCUGAGAGGGAGCACCAGGAGGCCGAGAAGGCCUGGAUGCAACGCGAGGCCAUCGCCCAGCAACAAUUUCGCAUCGAUGAGGCCAAGCGGCGGCAAAAACAAGAGGAAGUUGAGCGCCUGCAGCGGGAGCAGGCCGAGGAGCGUGCAAAACGAGAAGAAUCUGCGAGGAAGCAGCGCGAAGAGCACCUCCAGAGAACAGCCAAGGCUGCCGCCGAAUUCGAGGCCAUGAUGCAGAGCAUGGCAGAGUAUCUCAACGAUCCUGAAAUUGAGAAACCUCCACAGCAUCUCCUUCGGGUGAUGGAAACCCAUCCCGAGGAGCGUCCCUGCGAGUUCUUCAACCGCACCAACUGCUGUCGCUACGGCCACAGCUGCACCUUCAACCACCGACGUCCCAUGCUGUCCCGGAUCCUCCUGAUCCGUCAUUUCUUCAGCCAUUCUCUGCUGCAGGAGCAACGCACAAAGCCCAACGAAUACUCCGGGGCAGACGAGGGUCUGGAGUUGACAGAGAUGGACAUGCGCGAUGACUACGACGUGUUCUUUGCUGAUGCUGUCGAGGAGCUGCAGAAAUUUGGCACCAUUGUAAACUUUCGAACUGUGAGAAAUACGCUGGAGCACCUGAGGGGUCAUGUUUUUGUGGAAUACACUGACGAACGAUCUGCUCUCCGCGCCUUUACCAAUCUCCAGGGUCGCUACUACGCCUGCAAGCGCCUCAAUGUGGAGUUCUCCAACCUGAAGACCUGGCGUGGCGCAGUUUGCGGUUUGUCCUUAACACGUAUAUGUCCCAAAGGUAACCAGUGCGGCUAUUUGCAUUUGUUUCGGAACAAGGACAACCUGUUCAACACGGAACUGGAGUACACAACAGGUCCGAAAAGUAAAAGGAACUCUAGUCAGACACCCACAGCCAAGACGCCCAGUUGGGAUGAUCAGUCAGAGCAUGGUCGGAACUGGCGGUGGUCCGAAAGUCCUGAACCGCAGCUAGAACACUCCAAGGAGUCCAAGACUCGCAAAGGUAAAGAUCUCAAAAAUCAUCAUACUUCGGAAUACCGAUCUAGGUCCAGACGUGAUAAAGACCCCAACAGAACUAGCUCCAAAAGAGAUCGUAGCUCUUCGGAUUCACAUAGAAGAGAACAACAUAGAUCAAAUGGAUAUAAACAUUCCAGAAGUCACUCCAGGGACCGGGAUUGUUAAUAAAAACCAAAGUCAAGUAAUUUAA